UGCGUGAGUGCGUGUGCGCGCACUCGGUUUUCCUCCGAGAAACGACGCGCUCUCCCGCAUUCUCCUUCGCGUGCAGGCCCCGCGCGCGGGUGCCGGGAGAGAUAAUGUAACGUUACGCAGCGAGAGGCACGCGCGGACUCGGGCCCUCAGUAUGCUCGUGGACGCGCGCCGGGAAGGUGAACGCCGCGCACGAGCGGAGUCCGAGGAAAGGGAGAGAAGGAAAAAGAAUCCUGACACUUUCUCGGCUUUACGUGCUUGGUGCAGCGAACGCACCAUGAAUAGGACGGAAUUCAACAUUGUCCUGAGCACGGAGCCGCCGAGGACGUCCCCGAACGUGAUUCACUCUCACAUUCCGGUGCCGAGAAUAUCGGCCGCGAUCAAGGCACAAGAGAGAUGUCCUCCGAAACGCAGAGGAUCCUUCGAGAAGCUUGGCCGCGGCACGGGCAACGUGGCAGCCCAGAGAGCGUCCUUCGAGAAGCUCGAGGCUUCAGUCGUACAGCUGAGGCCGCGCAACAACAAUCAACUGUCGGCCCCCAGUCUCGAAAUGCGAAAAUCGGAGGAAAAGACGACGCCGGCGAGCGGUUGCAAGACGAACGACGUCGUCAGGCUCAACAGGAGUAACAGCUUCUUGGAGAGCAAGUGGAAGGGCAAGUACGAGGAUUCGGAGAAGAGGCGGAAACACCUGCUGCAGAAGAGCGAGACUGCGAAUAAGGAACACGUGGAUUUAGAGAAAAAAUUUCAGCAACUGCAGAGGGAAAAUGGCUUGCUGCAGUCGCAAGUUCAAGAGAAGGACCAGAAGUUGCUGAAGUUACGAACGGUUUCCGAAGCGGUGUGUAAGGAAUACGAACAAUUAAAACAUCAGUAUGACGUGGAAACGAACGCGAUGCACAAAGCUAUGCAACAAGCUUCUCAGUGGUACCGACAAAACCGCGAGCUGAAGCGAAGGUCUCAAAUCGUAGCGCAGAAGCUUCUACACAGCAAUCCGGACGAGUCGCUGCACUUCGACGUGUCCGAUGAAGUGGACACAAAUUUUGAUGAUUUGGAGCAGCUUAGGCAAACUGUGAAAGACCUGAGUGGCGAAAUAGCGCGACUACAAACGGAACUUCAUUCCGCCCGGCUUCAGGAAUUCGAGGCGCAGGAGCAGGUGACGCAGCUGACCACGCAGCUGGAGGAGGAAAGGGUCCUCCGACAAAAAGGUGAGGGCAAAAUUAAUGAGAUGAAAGUACACAAGGAGAACAUGGAAAGAGUCACGAAAAUGGUGACCGAGGAGGUGCAGACUCUGAAGACGCAAUGCGAUCGCGAGAGGGAAAGUGCGAAAAUUCUAAGGAUGGAAGCUGAGAGGGUCCAGAAAGAACGAAAUGUCUUGGCGCACCAAAGCGCUCUUCUUAUGGCUGAGGUGGGAGACGACCCGAAUGGGAGAUUGUUAGCCGUUUUGCAAGAGGUGGAAUCCCUAAAGAGGCAACUGGAGGAGGAGCAGCAAAGUCAUGCUUCUCAAGUGCAGAUAUUACAGGAAAAGUUAGAGGAAAAAGAAUCGAAUGUAGAAUUUGAGAUUGUCGAGGAGAAGUUAAAGUUCGCGGAGUCUGAAUUAGAAGUAGUUGUUCAGAGAGCCGAAAGGGCUGAGAAAUCGGCGGAGGAGCUGGAGAACGUCGUGCGUUGCUUAAAACAGAAAAUCAGCGAGUUAGAGGAGAAAGUUUCGAAACCGCCACCGCCACCGCCACCCCCUCCCCCACCGCCGGUGUCGACGAUUGGUCAGUCGUCGAUAAAAUUGCUGACUAAAGAAAAAUUGACCUCGGCUGUAAGCGAUAUGGAAAAUAUGCUCGGCAUUGCGCCGAGAAAAACCCCCGCGGUCGCCCAACAACCCGCUAUCGACGAUAUUAUCAAUCAAAUUAAAGGCGGGCGUUUCACGUUGAAGCAAACGGACGUAAGUUGGAUUAAAUGCAAAUAUUUAGAAUACAUCAUACACGUGUUUAAAGUGCCAUUAAUUUUACAUACAUUUUCUUUUAAUCCGCACAUCUUUUCAGUAUUUGUGUUUUCGAACAAAACGCAGUAUUCUUUUUCGGCGAUUUUAAUAUGCAUAUUUGAGCAAGACGUUGGUUUCAGAAACAAAGAGAAGAAGAGCGGAAAAGGCGACAAGAAGCGGAGAGUAAACCGCCAGCAGUUUCGGAAAUGUUAAAUAUUCUUGGUACUAUGAGACGAAGAGCCAAGCCAAUAAGACAAUCGUUCAAGUUUACAGAUACAGCGUCAUAGUAGUGAAAAUUGUUUGACAAUUUGCAAUUCCGACAAAAGUUUGACAAAUAAUCGGCUAAAUCAUAUAUCGCCAUUACUUCACAGUACAAUAUAUGUCCUUGUUAUUCUACGUGUACAGUUUGUCUUAU